GGCCUCGGGGGGAAGAUGCCGGCCAAGGGGCGCUACUUCCUUAACGAGGGCGAGGAGGGCCCGAACCAGGACGUGCUCUACGAGAAGUACCGUCUCACCAGCCAGCACGGGCCGCUGCUGCUCACACUCCUGUUGGUGGCUGUCACUGCCUGCGUCGCCCUCAUCGUUAUCGCCUUUGUCUGCGGGGACCCCUCUGGACACCAGACUGUCCUGGGGACGACCUUCUUCACACUUGCUGUGUUUGUGGUUCUCUACGUGCUGGUUUAUGUUGAGUGCCUCGUCCGGCGGUGGCUCAGGGCCUCGGCGCUGCUCAUCUGGGUCUGCCUUAUGAUGCUGGGCUAUGUGCUGGUAUUCGACUCAUGGAUAAAGACAACCCACAUGGGGGCACAGGUGCCCUUCUUCCUCUUCAUUGUGUUCGUGGUGUACACGCUGCUGCCCUUCAGCAUGCAGGGGGCCGUCGUGGCGGGGGCAGUCUCCAGCAUCUCCCACCUCCUCGUGAUCGGGGCUCUGAUGGAGGCCUUCACGACGCCCAGUGUCCAUGCAGGGCUGCAGCUGCUGGCCAACGCUGUCAUCUUCCUGUGUGGGAAUCUCACGGGCGCCUUCCACAAGCACCAGAUGCAGGACGCCUCCCGAGACCUCUUCACCUAUACCGUCAAGUGCAUCCAGAUCCGUCGUAAACUGCGCGUCAAGAAGCGUCAGCAGGAGAACCUGCUGCUGUCGGUGCUGCCCGCCCACAUCUCCAUGGGCAUGAAGCUGGCCAUCAUCGAGCGGCUCAAGGAGCGCGGGGACCGCCGCUACAUGCCCGACAACAACUUCCACAGCCUGUACGUCAAGCGGCACCAGAACGUCAGCAUCCUCUAUGCGGACAUCGUGGGCUUCACGCGGCUGGCCAGCGACUGCUCCCCCAAAGAGUUGGUGGUGAUGCUGAACGAGCUCUUCGGCAAGUUCGACCAGAUCGCCAAGGCCAAUGAGUGUAUGCGGAUCAAGAUCCUGGGCGACUGCUAUUACUGUGUGUCGGGCCUGCCCGUAUCCCUGCCCACCCAUGCCCGGAACUGUGUGAAGAUGGGGCUGGACAUGUGUGAGGCCAUUAAGCAGGUGCGAGAGGCCACAGGUGUGGACAUCAGCAUGCGUGUGGGCAUCCACUCAGGGAACGUGCUGUGUGGUGUCAUUGGGCUGCGCAAGUGGCAGUAUGACGUGUGGUCCCACGACGUGUCUCUGGCCAACAGGAUGGAGGCGGCUGGAGUCCCUGGCCGGGUGCACAUCACAGAGGCCACGCUGAACCACCUGGACAAGGCGUAUGAGGUGGAGGACGGGCACGGGCAGCAGCGGGACCCCCACCUGAAGGAGAUGAACAUCCACACCUACCUGGUCAUCGACCCCCGGAGCCAGCAGCCGCCCCCGCCCAGCCAGCACCUCCCCAAGCCCAAGGGGGAUGUGGCCCUGAAGAUGCGGGCGUCCGUGCGCAUGACCCGCUACCUCGAGUCCUGGGGGGCCGCACGGCCCUUUGCACACCUCAACCACCGCGAGAGCGUGAGCAGCAACGAGACCCCUAUCCCCAACGGACGGAGGCCCAAGGCCAUUCCCCUGCGGCGCCACCGGGCCCCUGACAGGAGUGCAUCCCCCAAGGGGAGGUCUGAGGACGACUCAUACGACGAGGAGAUCCUCUCGGCCAUCGAGGGGCUUAGCUCCACGAGGCCCUGCUGCUCCAAGUCUGAUGACUUCUACACCUUUGGGUCCAUCUUCCUGGAGAAGGGCUUUGAGCGAGAGUACCGCCUGGCGCCCAUCCCCCGGGUCCGCCACUAUUUCGCCUGCGCCAGCCUCGUCUUCGUCUGCAUCCUGCUCGUUCACGUCCUGCUCUUGCCCAGGAUGGCGGCCCUGGGUGUGUCCUUCGGGCUGGUGGCCUGUGUGCUGGGGCUGGUGCUGGGCCUGUGCUUUGCCCACGAGUUCCUGAGGUGCUGCCCCGCCCGAGGGACACUGCAGGCCAUCUCCGAGAGGGUGGAGACCCAGCCCCUGCUGCGGCUGUCCCUGGCCAUCCUGACCAUUGGCAGCCUGCUCAGCAUCGCCAUCGUCAACCUGCCGCUGAUGCCUUUCCCGGCCCUGAGGCAGCCUGCAGGCAACCAGAGCUUGGCGGAUGGGGACGUGAGCAGCAGGGAGCUGGCCCCGUGCAAGCUCCUCCCGUAUUACACCUGCAGCUGCAUCCUGGCCUUUGUCGCCUGCUCCGUCUUCCUGCGGAUGAGCCUGGAGCUGAAGGUGGUGCUGCUGACGGUGGCCCUGGUGGCCUACCUGGUGCUCUUCAACAUCUCCCCGUGCUGGCAGUGGGACUGCUGCAGCCACAGCCUGGCCAACCUCACCAAGACCAACGGCACCCUCAGCAGCUCCCCGUUCUGUCUGUGGAAGGACCCGAAGGCAAUGAUCAAUUUCUACCUGGUUUUGUUUUACGUCACCCUCAUCAUGCUCUCCAGACAGAUUGACUAUUACUGCCGCUUGGAUUGCUUGUGGAAGAAGAAGUUCAAAAAGGAACACGAGGAGUUUGAAACCAUGGAGAACGUGAACCGCCUCCUUCUGGAGAACGUCUUGCCAGCCCACGUGGCCGCACACUUCAUUGGUGACAAGCUAAAUGAGGACUGGUACCAUCAGUCCUACGACUGUGUGUGUGUCAUGUUUGCGUCGGUGCCGGACUUCAAAGUCUUCUACACGGAGUGCGACGUCAACAAGGAGGGGCUGGAGUGCCUGCGUCUGCUGAACGAGAUCAUCUCCGACUUCGACGAGCUGCUCCUAAAGCCCAAGUUCAGCAGUGUGGAGAAGAUCAAGACCAUUGGCAGCACGUACAUGGCAGCCGUGGGGCUCAGCGUCCCCUCAGGGACUGAGAACCAGGACCUGGAGCGGCAGCACGCGCACAUCGGCAUCAUGGUGGAGUUCAGCAUCGCCCUGAUGAGCAAGCUGGACGGCAUCAACCGGCACUCCUUCAACUCCUUCCGCCUGCGAGUCGGCAUAAACCACGGGCCUGUGAUCGCUGGAGUGAUCGGGGCACGAAAGCCUCAGUAUGAUAUCUGGGGAAACACGGUCAAUGUCGCCAGCCGAAUGGAGAGCACUGGAGAACUUGGCAAGAUCCAGGUUACUGAGGAGACAUGCACCAUCCUCCAGGGACUAGGUUAUUCUUGCGAGUGCCGGGGACUGAUUAACGUCAAAGGCAAAGGCGAGCUGAGGACUUACUUUGUCUGCACAGACACGGCAAAGUUCCAAGGGUCGGGACUGAAUUGAGGGCUUCUGGGAGGUGAACAUGCUGGAAGCGGAUUUUCCGUCCCUGAAGCAAGCCACAGGGAGCACUCGGCCCUACGCCAGCCACAGAGGCAUUCCAGGGGUUUGGCCAUCACUACCCUGACAAGGUGGCUGUGUGUGGCCUCCUUGGACUUGUGCUAGAGGAUUUCUCGGAACGUGCACCAGACUCCAGCCCGAGGCUACCACCGAGCCUCGCCACGCACAGGCAGCUGGGACAUGCGGAUCCCCUGGGUACUGUGGAGACCUCAGAGGGGGAGCCAGACACACAACUGGCCAUGGCCUGCCAGCUGCAUGGGUGGGACUGGUCUUUUCUAGGUACAGAACCACGACGAGCUGUCCGGGAUGGGUUGGGCACGCCUUUCUCCCAGCGGAGCAGCAACAGGGCUGUACGUUUCUAACACAGGCACCCCGGUAAACAGAGCUGAAAAUGCAGUUUUCCAUCUGUGGUUUCACACAGUAGGGAGAGAACAGCACAACAGAGGCUUGUUACUUGUCCUCUCUGGCAGGUGUUUGAUUUAAAUGGGUAUAGGAUUAGUGGAGUUUUACCCUUUCUAAUGACUUCUUAGAUGCCAGACAAAAAUCUCUUCCCUCCAGCGUGUUGUCUUUUUAACCACGUCCGCUGACGGCUUAGCCCCGCUGGGGCUGAGAACACGGCUGUCACACAAGAAGGCAAGGAGCGGCACAGCCCGGAAAGAAAGGCACGGCCUCUCAGCCCCUCCCUGACCACCGUGUGUACUUGGAGCGCCCUCCUGCUAUCCUCACAUCGCAGUUCCCGUCCUGGAAAGGAAGGGGGUCUGUGUAGACAGAAGGCAGACAACCUGUAGUGCUCCCUUUCUCUUCUUUAGUCCUCACAGCUCACUCGUAGAGCUUCAAGACGAAAAGCACGUCCUCCGCAAGCGUGCAGAAGAGGUUCCCGGAUCUGGGAAGCCAGCCCGCUCAGAGAUGCGGAGACAGACUUGUUGCAAACGGGAGGAAUCAAAUCAAGUGCAAAAAGCCAGGUUUGCGAGAGGUGUCUUCUGGUGCUGCAAGUCUAAGAGAAUCAGAAGUCAGCCUUCACUGCGUUUCAAGGUUGAGGAGGAGCCAAACUGCUCGUUCCUGUUUCUGAAUCAGUUUCACCACUGCAUCCCCAGAGCACACCUGGGGCUCUAACAUGGCUGAAGUUCACUACAGAGCAGCGAUUCCCAGCUGGAGUCCUCCAGGAACCCCCCCGCAAGUACAGGGGCGCUAGUGCAGCUCUGAGGCCCGCAUGUAACCGGAAUAGAGGCGAACGAAGUAUAAGAACUUGGAUAAAGGAAUUUUGUGGCGAAAAUUCUGUUAAGGGGAAUAACCUUAAACUGUUUUAUGCACCGACUUUCCAUAUAAAGGGCUGGUUUCAGGGGGCACUACACUGAAAUGCGUCCACCUAACUCAGCAGUGACCAGGGCUGCUCAACAGGGCUCUCCCGCAGUGUCAGGGAGGUUCUGUCACUGAUGCGAUAUAGACACAGCCGUGUUGGGCCUCUCUGAGGUGGACAUAUUUCUACUCUUGCAAUAUUCGAAUUACUUUUCUCUUCCGGCAACAGAAAUCCCAAUUAGGAGUUUAAAAAGUAGUUACCAUAGAUUUUUAUUUCCAGUUCAAGCACUGUGCUCAGAUAAAAAUAUUUUGUAAGUUUUCAGUUUUUCAUGUGCAGACCCUAGUGCAUAACUGACCAUAAAAAGCACAUACAGUUUUGAUUUGCCUGUUUUCUGAUCCCUGAGCCCUUUCUUCACAGGCGCCAUUCUGUCUUAGGACAGGACAAGCGUCUUUGCUAACACUGACCUUUUCUAAGGGUCAAGGGCUUGCUUAAAGGUGGCCUCCCUGACUCUAGUGACAAUCACACCUGAAGUUCUCUGGUUU